AUGAUGCCUUCCAUGGGCGUCCCCAGCCUGUCCUGGAUGCUGCCCUCCUGCCUGUUGCUCCUGUCUCAAGUCCAAAGGGAAGAUUCCCAGAAGGAACUACCCUCUGCAUGGAUCAGCUGUCCGAAAGGCUCCAUGGCCUAUGCGUCCUACUGCUAUGCCUUGAUUUCAAUCUCCUCCUCAGUCUCUCCCUUCUUCACAAAGAUGGCCUGCCAGAAGAGACCCUCAGGACACCUUGUGUCUGUGCUCAGUGGGGCUGAGGGAUCCUUCAUUUCCUCCCUUCUCAAGAACAAUUUGAAACUCCUCUCAGACGUCUGGAUUGGGCUCCAUGACCCCACAGAGGGCUCUGAGCCCAGUGCCGGUGGAUGGGAGUGGAGUAGCACUGAUGUGCUCAAUUACGUUGCCUGGGAGAGAAGUCCAGCCACCACCUCAAACCCUGGCUACUGUUAG